AAGGGAUUGACAGAUUGGCUUGAUCUUGACACUCUUUCCUCCCUCAAAAGCUUCUGUAUGUAUUGACCUGGUACAUACGGAUACCCUUUGUUCUCCGUCAUACAAUCUUUCCUCCCUUCAAAGCUUUGGUACAUUUUUGACUGACCAGGUACAGACUGCUGCCGCGUGUCCUGCGUGAUGUGUCCAGUGUGGACACUACGGCCACAGUACUGGGCAGCCGACUGGACAUGCCUGUAGCCCUCUCACCCACCGCUCACCACUCACUCGCACAUCCUGAUGGAGAAAAGGCAACUGCAAAAGGUGCAGCAUCAGCCAACACAGCUUAUGUGGUCAGCUCGUUUGCCAACCAUUCCCUGGAGGACAUCGCCCAGGCUGCCCCGGGAGGCGUCCGCUGGUUCUACCUGAUCCCGCAGAACGACCCCGGCCGUACAAAGGAACUGCUCCGGCGGGUGGAGAGCGCGGGAUACUCGGGGAUCUGGCUAACAGUGGACCAGCCUCGCUUCCAGUUCCAACAACGUCCGGAAAGUAAUUUGGAGUCGGCUGCAAGCGUCAUGAGGCUUCCUAAUCUGACUUUUGAGGAUGUGCCCGGCGAUGCUAGCUCACAAGAGUUUACGACCUACUUGAGUGACAACGUGAGGCAGCCAAUCACGUGGGAGGAUGUGGUCUGGUUGAGGAAGAAUACGCAGCUCAAAAUCGUGCUGAAAGGAAUUCUGACAGCUGAGGAUGCUAAGGAAGCAGUAAGAGUAAGUGUUGACGGUAUCUGUGUGUCCAACCAUGGGGGUAGACAGCUGGACGGAGUACCUGCUACGAUCGAUGCCCUACCGGAGGUUGUCCGUGCGGUAGACGGUAAGGCGGAGGUUUACCUGGACGGAGGGGUCCGGACUGGGACAGACGUGCUGAAGGCCUUGGCGCUGGGGGCCAGAUGUGUGUUCAUCGGCAGACCCGCGCUCUGGGGACUCGCUUGUAAUGGUGCAGAAGGAGUCCGUCAAGUUCUUGAGGUGUUGAAAGACCAGCUGAAUCUGGCCAUGGCACAGACAGGUUGCACCCAGAUGUCUGACAUCAAACCAUCCCUGGUCAUACACGAGUCUUACUACCUUCAUGGUCGCCACUGUCACACAGGGACAUGCAACAACUAACUGUGGGGAAAACUUUAUCAUCAUCAGUCGAUGUGCUUACACACAACAAGAUUAUACCGGCCCUUACAGGGUGACAAAAACUAACUACAAGACAGCGAUACGCCAGGUCUUGCAUUUGAGUGAAUGGUGUAAAUCACCAUAUGGCUGAUAUGAGACGGAGGUUCAUCAGACCUCCAUCCGGGUGAUGUGUAGUGAGCUUAACUCUGUGUACUGAGCGUCUUCACGCAACAUUGUCAAUUUGUCUGACUCCUCAUUUUUAAUGAAUCAUAGCUCAGUUGGAAAGUGAUCUGUUUUCUUUUUAAUUUUGAGUGCAAUAUUCAUUGGAUUAGGUUUUUUUUUAGUAUUGUUGGAUAUUAGUAAUAUAUUAUGCAAAUGCCAUGUAUACACAAGUUGCAAUAAGUUCUUCUGCUUCUUUCAAAUGCACACAUGAACAUAUGAAUUAAUAUGUAAAUCAUUACAUGAAUGGAAAAGAGAUUAUAACAACAGAAACAAACGUUAACCUAGCAAUGUUUCUAUUGCCAUUCUGCUACCAACUGCAAGGUGGCGCUGCAGUGUGAUCAACUACAGUCAUUAUGAUUUAUCAAUAAAACUGCUGUAUAUCAUCAGGCACUUGUCAUCAAGUAUGUAUUAUAGUUAGAUACAGGAGAAUUCUGAAUAAACAAAUUAUGCCAUUCAUAA